CAAAUACCCACAAUUCAAUUAGUGGAAUACUUUUCUGUGCCUCACCUGUCUGUACUUGUAACCUGUUAUACUGCAGCCCGAAGCGCCCCUGAGUUUACCCCACCCCAUGCGCGUUCAACAACACCAACGAUAGUCUGAGAGGCUGUGCUGGAAUUCCUCUGAAGUUGGACUCCUGACACAGUAAAUGUCAUGGAUAUUUUAUAAACUCCGGCUCUUCGCUUUUCACCUCUGGAAUAUCCGAGCGGGACGGGUUUGCUGCUUAAUAGCACGGGAAGAGCUUUUCCCAACUUUUUUUUUUUUCUUUCAGGAAGUGACUGAACAAAUAACUUCACAAUGGGCAGUAAGGACCGCUAUCACUGGCAGACCCAGAACGUGAAGGUGAGCGGCGUGGAUGACAUGGUCCUGCUGUCCAAGAUCAACGAUGACGCCAUCGUGGACAACCUCAAGAAACGCUACAUGGACGACUACAUCUUCACCUACAUCGGGCCCGUUCUCAUCUCUGUCAAUCCUUUCAAACAGCUGCCCUACUUCACAGACAAGGAGAUCGAGCUGUACCAGGGAGCUGCCCAGUAUGAGAACCCCCCUCAUGUCUAUGCCUUGGCUGACAACAUGUACCGGAACAUGCUGAUUGAUGCAGAGAACCAGUGUGUCAUCAUCAGUGGGGAGAGCGGUGCAGGGAAGACAGUCGCUGCCAAAUACAUCAUGACCUACGUCUCCAAAGUGUCUGGAGGAGGACCCAAAGUGCAGCACGUUAAAGACAUCAUCCUCCAGUCCAACCCUCUGCUGGAAGCAUUCGGCAACGCCAAGACUGUGCGCAACAACAACUCCAGCAGAUUCGGGAAGUACUUUGAGAUCCAGUUUAGUCGAGGGGGGGAGCCCGAUGGUGGCAAGAUCUCCAAUUUCCUCCUGGAGAAAUCCAGAGUGGUGAGCCAGAACCAGGGAGAGAGAAGCUUCCACAUCUUCUACCAGCUGCUAGAAGGAGCCUCUCCGGAGCACAGGGAGAACCUGGGCAUCGCCGGCCCUGAUUAUUACUACUACCUCAACCAGUCCGGCACCUACAGAGUGGAGGACAUGAACGACAAGCAGGAGUUCAGCGAAACCAUGAACGCGAUGGCUGUGGUGGGGCUCAGUGCUGAGGAGCAGAGCACCGUGCUGCAGAUCGUCGCUGGGAUCCUGCACCUGGGAAACCUGUCCUUCCAGGAGUCUGGGAACUACGCUGUCGUGGAGAGCGAGGACUUCCUGGCGUUUCCGGCCUACCUCCUGGGUGUCGAUCAGGAGCGUCUGAAGGAGAAGCUGACGAGCCGCACGAUGGACAGCAAGUGGGGGGGCAAGUCAGAGAGCAUCGCCGUGACGAUGAACACGGAGCAGGCCAGCUUCACACGCAAUGCCCUCGCCAAGGCCCUGUACUCGCGGCUCUUUGACUUCCUCGUGGACGCCAUAAACAAAGCCAUUGAGAAGGAGCACGAGGAAUUCAACAUCGGGGUCCUGGAUAUCUACGGCUUUGAGAUCUUCCAGCAAAAUGGUUUUGAACAAUUCUGCAUCAACUUUGUGAAUGAAAAACUGCAGCAGAUCUUCAUUGAACUGACGCUGAAGGCAGAACAGGAGGAGUAUGUGCAGGAGGGGAUUCGCUGGACCCCCAUCGAGUAUUUCAACAACAAGGUGGUGUGUGACCUCAUCGAGAGCAAAGCGAACCCCCUGGGUAUCAUGUGUAUCCUUGACGACGUGUGCGCCACGAUGCACGCCAAGGGCGAGGGAGCCGACCAGACCCUGCUCCAGAAGCUGCAGAGUCAGAUCGGCACGCACGAGCACUUCAACAGCUGGAACAAGGGCUUCAUCGUACACCACUACGCUGGGAAGGUCUCCUACGAUGUGAACGGGUUCUGUGAACGGAAUCGAGACGUGCUGUUCAACGACCUCAUCGAGCUGAUGCAGAGCAGCGAGUUCCCAUUCAUCCAGGACCUGUUCCCUGAAAACCCCAAUGCGGAGAAGAAGGGGCGCCCCACCACAGCCAGCAAUAAGAUCAAGAAACAAGCGAACGACCUGGUGGGCACGCUGAUGAAGUGCACACCACACUACAUCCGCUGUGUGAAACCCAACGAGACGAAGCGGCCGCGCGACUGGGAGGAGAGCCGGGUCAAGCACCAGGUGGAGUACCUGGGACUGCGGGAGAACAUCCGAGUCAGGAGAGCCGGCUACGCCUACCGACGCCUCUUCAGGAAGUUCCUGCACAGGUAUGCGAUCCUGACCCGUGAGACCUGGCCGGAGUGGCGCGGGGAUGAGAAGCAGGGCGUCCUGCACCUGCUGCGAUCCGUCCACAUGGACAGUGACCAGUUCCAGCUCGGCAAGAGCAAGGUGUUCAUCAAGGCCCCCGAGUCGCUCUUCCUGCUGGAGGAGAUGCGCGAGAGGAAGUACAACGGCUACGCCCGGGUCAUCCAGAAGGCCUGGCGCAAACACACGGCCGUGCGAAAAUACAUCCUCAUGAGAGAGGAAGCCUCGGAUAUCCUGCUCCACAAGAAGGAGCGCCGGAGGAACAGCAUCAACCGCAACUUCAUGGGAGACUACAUCGGCACGGAGCACCGUCCCGAGCUGAGGCAGUUCGUGGGGCGCCGGGAGCGCAUCGACUUCGCAGACGUGGUGGUGAAAUACGACCGCCGCUUCAGGCCUGUGAAGCGUGACCUCCUGCUGACCCCCAAGUUCCUGUACAUGAUUGGUCGAGAGAAAGUGAAGCAGGGUCCGGAGAAAGGGCUGAUCAAGGAGGUUCUGAAGAGGCAGAUCGAGGUGGAGAAGAUCCAGUCUGUCUCACUCAGCACCUUGCAGGAUGACUUCUUCAUCAUUCACGAGCAGCAGUAUGACAGCCUCCUCGAGUCGAGCUUCAAGACAGAGCUGCUGAGUCUGCUGUACAAGCGCUAUGAGGAGAGGAGCCAGCGCAAACUGCCACUGAAAUUCAACAACCUGCUAGAGUUCAAGGUGAAGAAGGGGGGCUGGGGUCCCUGGGGGUCCGCAGGGUCCAGGCAGAUUCAGUUCCAGCUGGGCAGCACCGACCAGGCCUUCCUGAAACCCAGCAGCAAGGUCCUGAGUGUGAGCAUCGGAGCAGGACUGCCAAAGAGCUCCAGACCGACAAGGAAAGACAAAAGAAAAAGUGGCCACUUUGGAGAUCGGCAGUCAAACUCGAGGGACUCAGGUGCACCCAGGAACAGUGCUGCGAGGCAGGGGCAGCCUGGCCACAGCAGAGCCCAGGCUGCCGGCAGACUGUCCACCCUCCUCCGCCAGGCCAGCGUGGUCCAGCCCACCCUCCCCAGACAGGGAGCCAGCCUCCGCCCACGAGACCCCCGCCCCGGCCCCCAGGUCAACAUGGACUUCAUGAGCGUGCCGGACCAGGGCGUCGCCGGGCUCCAGCGCCGGCGGUCCACAGAAUCGAAGCCGGUGCCGGGGGGAGGUCGAUCGAAACCUGUCCCCAAAACCAGGCCCAGGACCCCCCAGUGCCAGGCGCUGUACGCAUACGACGCGCAGGACACUGACGAGCUCAGCUUCAACGCGGACGAUGUCAUCGAGAUCGUGACUGAAGAUUCCUCAGGCUGGUGGUUCGGACGACUCCGAGGAAAGGAGGGCAUGUUCCCAGGGAACUACGUGAAGAAGAUCUAAACGGUGUUCACACAGCGCCCCCUUAGAACCAUGGAACAGGAAGGGAUCUGGAACCAUGGAACAGGAAGGGAUCUGGAACCAUGGAACAGGAAGGGAUCUGGAACCAUGGAACAGGAAGGGAUCUGGAACCAUGGAACAGGAAGGGAUCUGGACGCUGUGUUGCAAUCAAGUCCAACCCAAGUGCUUUAUCCUCAGUGUUUCUUUUGUCUCGGUAUAAGAUUUCUUCCAACAGUACUGUAUGUAUAGCCCUUAGUAACUAUGUUGUCAUUUAAUGAGAUAGAUAUAUCCAUGCUAAGCUGUGGAAACUUGGCUCGUAUCCAGGCUAGCAAUCUGUGUUUAACCCUUUCAGUCCUGAAUUAUCAUUUUGAAAUUAAGUUAUAUAAUUAAAAAAGGAACUCCUUUAUUGAGUAUACAUGAGAACAUUAUAAAACAUUUCUACACAACCUCAGACUGGGACCUAGGAGUCUUGUGAGGUUCCAACAUGAUUUCCAACGGCGUAACAUGUACGCUGCCAAGACAGGACAGUGAGGUCCUGCCAGGACUGAAAGGGUUAAGAGUUUGACUGGAGAAAUGCCACGUCUGGUUUGAUCAGUACGGAUAUUGAAUGGAACUUGUGAUUUUGUGUGUUUUUUGUUUGUUUGUUUUUAAUGAUUUAUCAGCACAACAGUGCCACCGAUGGCCAAAGUAUGAAGCCCCAGUUUCUUAGUUAGGAGUAUUAACUUGGUAUAAACAGUGACACCAGUGGCUAAGGGUUGUAACUGCGUCUAGGGUUCCGAAGUCAAACCUUCCAUGUGAACAGCCUGUUAGAAUUGAAUUAGUAUUAUAGCACUGUAGAAAUACUUAUGAAACGAAGCUGAUUUUUUAACAGAUGAAAAGGCUUUUAAAAUUAACAUACAGCUGUAUGGCCAAAUGUUUUGCAUCACCUAGAAUUUUAGUAUUGAUACAAUAAAAAACCAAAACAUAAUUUGGAUAUUUUAUUUAACAUUGUGUAAACUACAAAAUGUGAGAAACUACAAAAUGAUAUCGCAAGUGUCUACCGGAAGCCAUAAUAGUAGUAUAGUAUUUCAUGUUAGAGUUUGAAAUGUCAAUUCUUGUCACGUUUUCUGUUAAAUACUGCAAAGCGGUGUGCAAUUCAAUAUGUUAACGUAACAUUAUUCAGCAGGUUUCAUUCGACUUUAUGAAGCAAAGUGUGUUAAUUCUAUAGGGCGAUGCAGACGUUUUGGCCAGAGCUGUAUAUAAUGUGUAUUUUUAACACCAGGAAUGUUAAUAGUGUAUUUUAGUUUUUUAGUUUCUUGCCUGUUCACAGUUAGCUGUCAGAAGUGUAAAGGAAGCAGUCCUUCAGUCCAGGAAUGAUGACAUUGUGGGUAAAAAGGAAUCCAGAUUCAGGGCAGGAUUUCAGUCGUGAUGAUCUCAGGAGGGUUGCUGUGUAAUUAUUAUUCAAGAGCCUUUUUAUUCAAUAAAUACAUUUAAAUACAA